AGGCGCGUUCGCGCGGCGUAGGUGGCGCUAGAGGCCGCCGGGGGUUUGUGAGGAAACGGCGCUGCCGCCAUUUUGUGGGGUGUUUGUCGCAGCGGCUGGAGAGAGACGACGGCGGUUUGGAGGCGUUUCUCGGCCAGAAGGCCUUUUGCUUUUCCGGAGAUGCGGCAUUCCAAAAGAACUCACUGCCCUGAUUGGGAUAGCAGAGAAAGCUGGGGACAUGAAAGCUACAGUGGAAGUCACAAACGGAAGAGGAGGUCCCACAGUAGUACGCAAGAAAACAGACAUUGUAAACCACAUCACCAGUUUAAAGAAUCUGAUUGUCAUUAUUUAGAAGCGAGGUCCUUGAAUGAGAGAGAUUAUCGGGACCGGAGAUACGUUGAUGAAUACAGAAAUGACUACUGCGAAGGCUAUGUACCUAGACAUUAUCAUAGAGACAUUGAAAGCGGUUAUCGAGUCCAUUGCAGUAAAUCUUCCGUCCGAAGCAGGAGAAGCAGUCCUAAAAGGAAGCGUAAUAGACAUUGUUCAAGUCAUCAGUCACGUUCGAAGAGCCACCGAAGGAAAAGAUCCAGGAGUAUAGAGGAUGAUGAGGAGGGUCACCUGAUCUGUCAAAGUGGAGACGUUCUAAGAGCAAGAUAUGAAAUCGUGGACACUUUGGGUGAAGGGGCCUUUGGCAAAGUUGUAGAGUGUAUUGAUCAUGGCAUGGAUGGCAUGCAUGUAGCAGUGAAAAUUGUAAAAAAUGUAGGUCGAUACCGUGAAGCAGCUCGUUCAGAAAUCCAAGUAUUGGAGCAUUUAAAUAGUACUGAUCCCAAUAGUGUCUUCCGAUGUGUCCAGAUGCUAGAAUGGUUUGAUCAUCAUGGUCAUGUUUGUAUUGUGUUUGAACUACUGGGGCUUAGUACCUAUGAUUUCAUUAAAGAAAAUAGCUUUCUACCAUUUCAAAUUGACCACAUCAGGCAGAUGGCAUAUCAGAUCUGCCAGUCUAUAAAUUUUUUGCAUCAUAAUAAGUUAACCCAUACAGAUCUGAAGCCUGAAAAUAUUUUAUUUGUGAAGUCUGACUAUGUAGUCAAAUAUAAUUCUAAAAUGAAACGUGAUGAACGCACAUUGAAAAAUACGGAUAUCAAAGUUGUUGACUUUGGAAGUGCAACGUAUGAUGAUGAACAUCAUAGUACUUUGGUAUCUACACGGCAUUACAGAGCUCCAGAGGUCAUUCUGGCUUUAGGUUGGUCCCAGCCUUGUGAUGUUUGGAGCAUAGGUUGCAUUCUUAUUGAAUAUUACCUUGGUUUCACAGUCUUUCAGACUCAUGAUAGUAAAGAGCACCUCGCAAUGAUGGAACGAAUACUAGGACCCAUACCAACACACAUGAUUCAGAAAACAAGAAAACGCAAGUACUUCCACCAUAACCAGCUGGACUGGGAUGAACACAGUUCCGCUGGCCGAUAUGUUAGGAGACGCUGCAAACCAUUAAAGGAAUUUAUGCUGUGUCAUGAUGAAGAACAUGAGAAACUAUUUGACCUGGUACGAAGAAUGUUAGAAUACGACCCAGUGAAACGAAUCACCUUGGAUGAAGCCUUGCAGCAUCCUUUCUUUGACUUAUUAAACAAGAAAUGAAAUGGAAAUCAGUGGUCUUACUAUAUACUUCUCUAGAAGAGAUUACUUAAGACUGUGUCAGUCAACUCUAAACAUUCUAAUAUUUUUGUAAACAUUAAAUUAUUUUGUACAGUUAAGUGUAAAUACUGUAUGUUUUGUAUCAAUAGUAUAAUUACCUUGUUAAGCAAGUAUGGUCUUGAUAAUGAAUGAACUAUAAAAGUUAAAAUUAAUUUUCCUUUUUGAAAUUACCAUUUUUAAAAAUCUUUGGAAUAUUCUUUGUGUCCAGUGAUAAAUGUGAUUGAUCUUGUCUUUUGUACAUGGAGGUCAACUCUUUGAAGUGAUUUUUUUGAGUAAAAGGCAAUCUUGACUACUUUAUUCUUAAUGAAUAUUCUUUAUAUACCUCAAAUUCAAAACUUUUUGUAAUUUUUUUUUCUGUAAUUGUUGAACAAGUAAUAAGUAUUAACUCCCAGUAGGCAGGUAUUGGAAACCAAAACCCAUAGGAAAAUGUUUACUCUUGGAAUUUCAUUAAAUUUUAAAAGAAUUGUG